AUGAAGAUUACCUUCAAGGAUCUCAAACAGAACAAGUUCGCCAUCGAGGCCGAGCCAUCGGAAACGAUUGGCGAGCUCAAGGCCAAGAUCCAGGCGGACAAGAGCUGGGAAGUCGCCCAGCAGAAGCUGAUUUACUCCGGCAAGAUCCUCCAGGACGACAAGACUAUCGAAUCCUACAACAUCGAGGAGAAGGGCUUUAUUGUGUGCAUGGUGUCUAGGCCGAAGACGCAAGCCGCCUCCUCAAGUAAAGCUGCUCCCGCAACACCAGCGCCAGCGCCUGCUCAGACCCCUGCCGCUCCCGCUGCCCCAGCACCCGCACCUGCAGCUGCCCAGAAUGCCCCUGGCACACCCUCACCAGCCCCGGCCUCAGACAGGCGAUUCGAUGAUCCGUCGGCGUUGACCAUGGGCAGUGAGCGCGAUGCUGCUAUCGCCAAUAUGGAGAGCAUGGGCUUUGCGCGUGCCGACAUUGAUGCAGCUAUGCGUGCUGCUUUCUUCAACCCCGACCGAGCGGUUGAAUACCUCUUGACUGGCAUCCCCGAAAGCGCCGUCCAGGAGCAACAACAAGCUCAAGCGCGUGGUCCAACGUCUCCUCCUCCCGCCACCGGUGGCAACACUGCCGCUGCCGCGCCCUCAGCUCCGACCUCUGGCGGCGACGAACCCAUAAAUCUGUUCGAGGCAGCUGCCCAAGCCGGUCAGGGUCGAGGUGGCGCAGGUGGUGCUCGAUCAGGAAAUACCGGUGCCGCCGCUGGAGCCGGUGCUGGAGCUGCUCUCGGCAGCAAUAGCCUGGACUUCUUGCGUAACAACCCGCAAUUUCAGCAAUUGCGGCAGGUGGUACAACAACAGCCGCAGAUGCUCGAGCCUAUUCUACAACAAGUCGGCGCUGGCAACCCUCAGCUGGCCCAGUUGAUCACCAACCACCCAGAUCAGUUCCUGCAGCUGCUUGCAGAGGAUGCUGACGAGGAUGCGCCGCUACCACCAGGCGCUCAGGCCAUAAGUGUCACCGAGGAAGAGCGUGAGGCAAUUGAGCGUCUUUGCCGUCUAGGCUUCGAGCGCGACCUUGUCAUCCAGGCUUACUUUGCGUGCGACAAGAACGAGGAGCUAGCCGCAAACUUCCUCUUUGACCAGCCGGAUGACGGUGAUGAUCAGUGA